CAAACUACGUCUGAUCAUCGCGGCUGUCAAAGGAGGUCGUUGAGCGGACAGGCGAAUAAAGUCGCAUGACAACAACUACACAGAAAUUUUGUUGAUUAGAAGUCGGUGACUGUGUGCGCUGUGGAAUGCGGUGCUUGGUGGUAGAAACGAAGAAUUGGCACUCACCAUAACUUAACUAUUAGAAGCAAUUUUGCACUCUCCUAAGUGCAGGCCAGGCCAGAGAAGGACUGCUGCGCUGUCCGGUGAUCAGACCCCGCCAUGCGUGAAUACAAGCUUGUGGUGCUCGGCUCAGGAGGCGUAGGGAAGUCCGCUCUGACAGUGCAGUUUGUGCAGGGGAUCUUUGUAGAGAAAUAUGACCCCACAAUAGAAGACUCGUACAGAAAGCAAGUGGAAGUUGAUGGGCAGCAAUGUAUGUUGGAAAUCCUGGACACAGCAGGCACAGAGCAGUUUACGGCCAUGCGGGACCUAUAUAUGAAGAACGGUCAGGGCUUUGCUCUGGUCUACUCCAUCACAGCACAGUCCACCUUCAACGACCUCCAGGACCUUCGUGAGCAGAUCCUGCGAGUCAAGGACACAGAGGAUGUGCCGAUGAUCCUGGUGGGGAACAAGUGUGAUCUGGAGGAUGAGCGUGUGGUGGGCAAGGAGCAGGGGCAGAACCUGGCCCGCCAGUGGAGCCAGUGCGCCUUCCUCGAGUCCUCCGCCAAGUCCAAGAUCAACGUGCUGGACAUCUUCUAUGACCUGGUGAGGCAGAUCAACAGGAAGACUCCAGUGGAGAAAAAGAAGGCCAAAAAGAAGUCCAACUGCACCCUACUGUAGCCAGGCCUCCCUGUAGGCACCCCGAGCCCGUGAAGAGCUCUUCUGAAGAACUAUUGCCCCUUUGGACCGUGCCAGCAUUCCCCAACCCAGCUACCCAAACUGUGGAACCGCCGAUGCAGACUCCAUUACCAAGACUGGCCUGGGAAAAAGAGAAAAAGAGAGAGAGGGAGAGAGAGAGAGAGAGAGAGAGAGAGAUGGAAAGGGAGAAAGAGAGAGAGAUGGAAAGAGAGAAAGAGAGAGAGAGAGAGAGAGAGAGAGAGAAAGGGAGGGAGGGAGAGGAGUGGGAGUGAGAGCACAAGAUUCCCAGCAGGAUUUCUCUUGGUUUUAAUGUCAGCAAACACACAGCAAAAACAAAACAAAAACAACACAGCCCCCCCCCCCCCCCAUUCUCCCAUGAGCACCCUGAAUUCAAGGCUAUGACACACAUGACUCCUCCUCCCCACGCCCGAGGUCUGCGAUGGACGAACGAAGCUCAAAGACGUACGGGAGAGAGACUUGACAGUAUUUCUGUUCUUGCAAUAUAGUUUAUUUGAACAUAUGGAAGGUGAGUGUAGUUGUGUGGAUUGUUAAUACAUAUGGAUCAAACAGCAUGACCGCAUCUGUAUUUAUGUGUAGAUGUUGCAAGUGAAACCAAGUUGAAGUUUCGCCUCCUUGAAGCCAUGCUUCUGUUUUUGUACAUCAACGUGUGUGUGUGUGUGUGUGUGUGAGAGUGUGUGUGUGUGUGUGUGUGUGUGUGUGUGUGUGUGUGUGUGCGCGCUAGGUCCAACUACAGAACCUGUAAAUAGAUGUUCUUUUUGUCUCCCAAACAUGUAUGGACAUUCUCUUAAGCAGAUAUCCCAACGUGACGUUAUUUUAUACCUGGUCACUUGGCUUUCAUAGUUCCCAUAACAUACUGUUGUAAUGCCAUUUUUGCAUAAUAAUGUGUAAGAAAUAGGACUUUUAUAGAGUGACAUGGGUGGGGGGGGGGGGGGGAGUACAAGGAUCGAUUUCUAUGUCUUGAAGCUGAAAUAUAUUCUAUUAAACCAACUCUAAUAUUGCUUCUUGUGUUCUGUCAAGAACUGUUACAGCUUUUAUGGAUGAUUAAAUUUUAGUACGUUUUAAAUCUCA